AUGGUGACUGUACCACACCCAUUCGACCCCAUCUCUCCGGAGGAGAUUCAACUUGCCGUGCGCAUUCUGGAAGCCACCUUCCCCGGUGUGCCUCUCCGCUACAAGCGUAUCGACAUCAAUGAGCCGAUCAAGAAAGAUGUCAUUCCAUACAUCGAAGCUGAGCGCUUGCGACGACCUUUGCCUUCGCCGCCAGCUCGUCUUAUCUACACGCUCUUCCACCGUCUUGAUAGUGGCGCAUUCUACAAGGCUAUCUUGAACGCUAAUACGCGCUCGAUUGUCUAUGCCAAAGAGCUUCCUCGUGAGGUGCAGGGACCGAUUGACGUCGACGAGAUCUCCGAGAUUGAGAGACUAUGCAUGAAACAUCCCGCUGUCCUCGCCGAAAUAGAGAAGCUGCAACUACCUGCCGGCGUAACAGUCUGUAAUGAUCCAUGGAUGUACGGCACUGACAAUGACAACGAGACUCGACGACUCUUCCAGUGCUUUAUGUACCUGGUCGAAGUGGAUCACCCCCAGCACAAUCAUUAUGCUUUGCCCCUCAAGUUUUCACCUGUGUUUGAUGGCCUGACGCAAGAACUUAUCCGCAUUGAUUAUCUUCCAGGUGGUGCUGAUCACAAAGUCUCCGAGACCCAGCCAUGGAAACCUGUCAAGGCAAUUCAAUAUGCUCAUGACUUGUUGGACGAGCCUGUUCGAACAGAUCUUAAGCCGUACAUUGUGCAGCAACCUGAAGGUCCAUCUUACUCAGCGGAUGGUAACUCUGUCUACUGGCAGAAGUGGCGCUUCAGAGUUGGUUUCAACAUCCGUGAAGGUCUCGUUCUAUAUAACAUUACAUACGAUAACCGCAAUGUCUUUUAUCGUCUCUCCAUUUCUGAGAUGACGGUCCCAUACGGAGAUCCCCGAGCGCCGUACCACCGCAAGCAAGCAUUCGAUGUUGGCGAUUGUGGCUUUGGUAUGAACGCUAACCAGCUAUCUCUUGGAUGUGACUGUCUUGGACAUAUCAAGUACUUCGAUGGCUAUCGAAAUGAUUACAAGGGGAACCCCGUCUAUUUGAAGAACGUAAUCUGUCUCCACGAACUUGACGGAGGAUUACAGUUCAAACAUUCGAACUAUCGAACUGGCGCUGCCACGGUUGUGCGCAACCGUCAAUUGAGUCUGCAAAUGAUCUGCACAGUUGCGAAUUACGAAUAUAUUUUCGCGUAUAUCUUCGAUCAAGCCGGAAACAUUGAAUUGGAAGUCCGCGCUACUGGCAUUCUCUCCACUGUUCCAUUUGACAACGAGAACGGCGAAACUGUGCCCUGGGGCACUAACGUGGGACCCGGAGUCAUGGCUCCUUUCCAUCAGCACAUGUUCUCCUUCCGCAUCGACCCUGCUAUCGAUGGCUUCAAGAACACUGUGUUUUAUCAAGACAGUGUCCCAAUGCCGGAAGAUGACAAUAACCCUUAUCUUGUGGGCUAUACCACCGAGUCUAACGUGAUAAAGACCGCCGGGACGGCAAACCUCAGCGUUGACCGUAACCGUAGCUUUAAGAUUCGCAACGACAAUGUUCAUAACCCGGUGACUUACAAGCCUGUGUCCUACAAGCUGCAAGCUGUUCCCAGCCAGAUGCUUCUGGUCAGCAAGAACGCUCAUGGAUACCGCCGUGCUGAGUUUGCCACCAAACCGAUUUGGGUCACCAAGUACCAGGAUGAUGAACUUUACGCAGCAGGCGAGUUCACCAAUCAAAGCCGUCGUGCAGAGGGCGUUGAGACAUGGGUUCAACGCAAAGACAACACCGAAAACGAAGACGUUGUUCUCUGGCACACAUUCGGUCUCACCCACAACCCCCGGAUCGAAGACUUCCCUGUCAUGCCCAUGGAGCGCGUCAGCGUCAUGCUGAAACCAGACGGCUUCUUCACCAAGAACCCUGCUCUGGACGUCCCGCAGUCUUCCCAGUCCUUCAACAAGUCCACUCUCCAUCCCGAAGCGGCUUCUUGCUGCGCUGCACCAUCUGCAACCGCAACUGGAAGCAAAGCGAAGCUGUAUAAGCGGGUGGAUUAA